AUGAAAUUAAUGGUUGUCCUGUUUGUCCUGAUCGGCAUUGCCUUGGCCCGACCAGAAUACGACGGAGCAGCCACAAAACAGUGGGGUUCAGGAUCGGUGCCACAGAGCGGCCUAAGUGGGUACGGUUCCCAGACCACAGGAUUCGAUGACACGACGGCUUAUUAUGGUCAACAAGUUGUCCUGUUUGCCCUGAUGGGCAUGGCCUUGGCCAGACCAGGAUACGACGGAGCAGCCACAAAACUGUGGGGUUCAGGAUCGGUGCCACAGAGCAGCCAAAGUGGGUACGGUGCCCAGACCACAGGAUUCGUUGGCAAGCAGGGUGGAUAUGGUCAACCCGCUCCACUGAGUGGACAUGUGGCAUACGGCGGCGGUCAGGGUGCUUACGGCAGCGCACAGCAGGGAUAUGGUGCAUCCGAUCCCCAAAAUGAAUACGCAGGUGGAUUCGAGGACCAAGGACGUCUGGGAGGAUACGGCGAUGCUGCCGUGUUGGGAUAUGGCGGCGGUCAGGGAGGUUAUGGACGACCUGCUGCCCAGUUGGGCCAGGGAUAUGGCGCAGGAGAGCUCGGAACGGGCCCACAUUUUGGCCAGGGAGAAUUCUCCGGCGGCUUUGGUCAUGAAAACUGUAACCACGAGCAUCAUGAGCAUCACGAGCAUCACAGGCACCACGGACAUAGCGGACAUAGUGGACGUUACUAA